GCCACAGACACCUUCCUCUACAAUUGGGACAACCAGGAUCUGUACGCCUUUCCACCCUUCCGCCUCAUCAGGAGAGUUCUCAACAAGCUCCGGGCUUUCCGGAACACCCGUCUCAUCCUCAUAGCCCCUUACUGGCCUCAGAAGGAAUGGUUUCCAGAUCUGUUGGCGGCAUCGGUGGAGCCUCCCCGCCGCCUCCCUUUUCGCAAAGAUCUAUUGAGACAGCCACACAUCCACAAGUUCCACAUUGGUCUUCCCGGGCUUCAACUGACAGGGUGGAGACUAUCCAGCGCUUUUUGAGGCACAGGGGUUUCUCCUCUAAGGUGGCCCAGUUCUUAUCUCACGACAAGAGGCCUUCCUCUGCUUCUAACUAUCAGCACAAGUGGAAGGUGUACAGGAAAUGGUGCAAAGAUCACGGCCACACCGUCUCCAAUCCCACGGUCCAAAAGGUCGCAGAUUUUCUCGUUCACCUGCGCCAGGAUUGCAAUCUCUCUACCUCUGCCAUUAAGGGUUAUAAAGCCAUGCUGAAUGGAGUCUUUGCAAUCAGGGGCGUGGACCUCAACAAUGACCGGGUGUUGAGUGCUAUUGUCAAGGCGUGCUCUUCUCAACCCUGCAGACCUACUAGGAAUCUUAGUCCUUCCUGGAACCUGGAUGUAGUUCUUCGCUACCUGUCCAAGGCCCCCUUCAAGCCCCUUCGGCUCUCGUCCUCCAGGGACCUGUCCAGGAAGACUCUUUUUCUCCUGGCAUUAGCUACAGCGCAGAGGAUAGGUGAGAUCCAGGCCCUCUCCUCCCGGACUAGCUGGCAAGGACAGGAUCUUAUGGUCUGCUAUCUCCCUGAGUUCAUUGCUAAGAUGGAUACGGGAGUUCACAGCACGCCCCGGGAAUUCCGUAUUAAGAGCCUUACUUCCAUUCUCGGUUCCAUGGAUGAGGAGCGCUUUUUGUGCCCUGUUCGGGCUCUCUGCCACUACUUACAACGGACUGCUUCAGAGACAAGGCCCAGGAAUCUGUUUGUUGCAGUUAAACGCCCUUCUUGACCUAUAACGAAAGCGGCCAUCUCAUACUUCCUCAGGGAUACCAUCAAGUCUGCCCAUGAGGCUAUUUCUGACUCUGUCUGCCUCGAGGUCAAUGCCCAUGCCCAUGACAUCCAUGGCAUUGCUGCCUCCAUGCUCCUCUGGGAAAACUGCUCGGUUCCGACCAUCCUGAAGACAGCACGCUGGAGGACUCACUCGGUCUUUGCUGACCAUUAUCUCCGCGAUAUAGUGCGGAAGGAAAGCGACGUUUUUUCCCUGGGUCCAGUUGUUGCAGCCGGUCACAUUGUGGGCUGACAACUACCACAAGGUCCUCCUUGCUCUGGGGUAACGCUUCGGCUCCCUCAGGUGAACACCCCAGUGCUCACUUACACUGCUCGUCUUAGUUGAUUGGGUCAGUAGCCGGGGUUCUCUCCUCUGCAUCAGGGUAUUGAACACACUCCUGGAACACUCAGCCCCUGACCCCUAAGGCCUGCUCCCUUUUAGACACACGGGUUAGGAGGACCUCCCAAACCCUCAGCCGAGCCCGCUGUCACCCCUAUCCUGCCCGGCCUCAGCCAAGAGUCAGGUUCUCUCCCUUGAGAAAUAACUGACGGUUGCCCAUGCAGUGUGUUGGCGGCAGCAAUGAGCGCUGCGCUGCCAGGCGUAGCGCUAAAGCGGGUGGUUUCUCGGCGAAAAGGUUUUUGGAGAAGAUUCUGUCAUGGAUGAGCAGCCUCCACCAUCUAAAAAACCACACUUGGAAGUGAUUGGGGCAAGUGGCAGCAGGUCAUCUCCCACCUUAGAGCCAAGUAUAAUUAAUUACAAAGACAAAGAAGCAAAUUCAGCUCUCAUGCAAUUACUGGAGCACUUGUUAGUGCUGCUGGAGAAAAGGGAUCCUCAGCAGUUCUUUGCUUGGCCAGUGACUGAUGCUAUUGCUCCUGGGUACUCAUCUAUCAUAUCUCAGCCCAUGGACUUCUCUGCCAUGAAGACAAAAAUUCAAGAGUCUUCUUAUACCUCCUUGAAACAAUUUCAGGCUGACUUUGAGCUGAUGUGUAAUAACUGCAUGACAUACAAUCAGCCAGACACCAUCUACUACAAGGCAGCUAAGAAACUACUUCAUGCCGGCCAGAAAAUGAUGUCACCAGAGAAGGUGCUGCAACUUAAGCGUGAUGUACCCCUCAUGUCACUACUCAUCAAGGAACAGCUGGGCUUUGAAGUGGUCCCAUCCUCAAUGAAUGCAGCACCAGAAGGUGAUGAUACUAUUGACACUGAACCCCUUGAAUCCAUGGAUGAAGAUGGAGACAGCAAAGAUCCUCACUGCAAAUUUGAAGCAGUGCAGGACAAUCUGAGUGCAGAGGAAGUACUGGAGCAGGUUCAGGGAGCAGCCAUUGAAGCAGCUGAGAAACUCACGCUCAAAAGGCCCUCCAGCACGCUUGGAUUUCUGAGACAACGCGGAGAUGGCACCACUUCCCUCAGUUUUCUAACGGGUUGUGAGGGUGGUGGAGAUGCUGGUUCCAAGGACAAGCCUGUGAGUCUUGGUCUUUUGACAGGAAAACUUACCCAGGGUUCAGCUACCCUCCACAACUACCGAGAGGACAAGAGGAGUAUGGCUAAACCUAUUAAACCCGUGUACUAUGGAUCAUAUUCAUCCUUCUGCCCCACAUAUGAUUCCACAUUUGCAAAUCUCAGCAAAGACGAAAGUGAGAUGGUAUAUGCUACAUAUGGGAAUGAAACUGCUGUACAGUAUGCUAAAAGCAUUGUGGACUUCUCCCAAGACUGUGACAUGGCCAUGCAUUUAGUGGAUCAGCUUCUCAACCUGCUCACUCAUCAGCAGCACACACGAACCAAAACUGCUAUCACUAACCGCCGCCGCCUUGAAGAGGAGGAAGAACGAAUUUCUGCCCUCCUCUGUCCCACUGGAGAGCUUGGAGGGCAGGUUGGAACCCAGGAUCAGAAGAUAAGUUCCAACAUUGACUAUGGAGCCCUCCGAAGCCUUUCAAAUCUUGGAAUUGACAUCGCCUUUCUCAACCAUUUUGAAGACCAGGAGAAACGUGAAACGCAGAUCAACUCUCAACUUGAAGAAAAUGCAACCCUUCUUGAGCAGUUGUCCCGGGAACAACAUGAGCGCCUUUCACGUCCAUUGCCAGCCUCUUUGAACAAUUUAGCUGUUCCUUCACAACAAGAACUGCAACUGGUGGAAAAGGUAACAGAGGGACUGACCCAGGUUGCAAAGCAAGCCUCUCCUGGCUCUCUGGCCCCAGUCCCUAUUGUACGGCGAGCCAUGGGAAUAACUGUUCUGCCAGUCACCUCUGAACCAACAGACAGUAUUGAGGUUGACAUUGAGGCCAGUUGGGGACAGGACAAGACAACCUCCAUCACCACUACUACCACAGGACUACUUGCAGAACCACAGCAGCAGCAUCCCACAAUUACAUCACUGCAGCAGGAGCACAAAACAGCUACUAUCAUCACAGCAGCACAUGAUAUAGAGAGUCAGCUGAGUCAAAUUUUGCACCAGUCUGAGGCUGCUCCCCCACCCCCUCCCAUGGCCAUGAGUGAUUCCUCCCUCAGAGAAGUCCUCAACAGUUGACAAAAAGAGCAAUGGGCUCAUUUAGCAACCUGCCUCACAAUUGUCUUUUUUCAUGUAUAAGCGUGCCUGUUUGUUUUAUUUACGUGCCACCCUGCUCACCUUUUUAAUCACCUUACCCUUUUGCUCUAGCUAUAACAGAAGUAGGUUUCACUAUAUUAGGCAUACAUUUCAUUAAGGUAACUUUUUGGAGCAACUUUACACUCAACUCUCUGCUGUUGUGCCUAAUUGGUGCAUCUAUCACAGCACAAUAGCUGAAAUUGCAAUAGCUGAGGUCAAGAACCUAUAGUAAUCAUUCAAAUUGAUCCUAGGACCUCCAAGCUGUCAUUUUUUGUCACUUUUUUGCCCAGUUUUUAUGCCAUAUAAUAGUAUAAAAAUGAAGAAAUAUUACAGUAUAAAAAACUUCCCUAAUCAAGAAGUAUAAUAACAACAUACAAGAGCAAUCAUAAUAACAACAUGAAUAAAAUUUUUGUUGCUGUCACCAGACACUUAACAUUUUUUUUUCCGUAAGCGGUGGCCCAAAAACCCUUGCUGAUACUAUAUUGUCAUGUUCCUUGGCAUAAUCUACAACUUAUAGUUUGUAGGAGACUGUGUAGCUCAAUCUCUUUCCUUCUCUUGUCAUAAUGGUGAAGGUGUUGAUGUGUUUUGUUAAGAUUAUGAACUUGGUGUUACUCCUCACCACUAGAUGGCAUUGAGUCAGAGUGGUGGCAGUUAGAAUAGGUAAAAGUACUGGAAAAAGGUGCAUCCCAUAUGCCAUCAAAUACAGGACCUCAUUGUUGACGAUUACAAGCUAAGGUGGAUGGGUAGAUUGGGGAAAUGUGUUAAGAACUAUUUCUCAGUAAAAGUAUAUAGAGAAACUCAACUAUCACAUGACAUCAUAACUAGUUAACCUGGAAGUUUUGGAAUGACAGGCACGUGAUAGCAGUAAUUUUGUAUGCGAUAUAGAAAUAAGUGCAGCUUUUUAAGUAUACACUAGCAGUAAAAAGCGAUAGCAGAGGAGUAAGUGUAGUUUUGUCACUCCUUGUCUUAGUCUAUUUGUCUAUGUUUGAUAAUUCAGGUGCUAUGUUCAUUAACUUCAGCUUAUUUUAUUGGAAAAUAAAAACAUGGUAUGUUAUGAAAUGUUCAUAUCACAGUGAUUAAUGUGACCAAGAUUUUUCUCAAUUUUUAAUUAUAGUGCUUACCAAGUUAAUGUGUAGUCUCAUUAAUGUAUUAUUAUUAUUAUUAUUAUUAUUAUUAUUAGAGUAAAAGUAUUGCCUUUUGUUGUUUACAGGACUAAAUAGGUACUGAACUAUGUUAAUUUCACCAACUCUGUUAAUAAUGAAUAAAUGAGAACAGACCA